CCACUCCCAUAUAUAAAUCAUCUUUUUCGUCGGCACAUCACCGUAUACCUCUCAUCGCUGUCCAUUCUCAAGAUACCCAAAAAAACUCAAAAGAUGGAGCAAACCUUUAUCAUGAUCAAGCCUGAUGGCGUUCAAAGAGGCCUUGUUGGUGAAAUCAUUGGCAGAUUUGAGAAGAAAGGUUUCUCCUUGAAAGGUUUGAAAUUCUUGACUGUUGACCAAGCUUUUGCUGAGAAGCAUUAUGCUGAUUUGUCCUCAAAGCCUUUCUUCAACGGGCUCGUUGAGUACAUCAUCUCCGGCCCUGUUGUCGCCAUGGUUUGGGAGGGCAAGAAUGUCGUUACCACUGGCCGCAAGAUCAUUGGCGCCACAAACCCUGCCGAAUCUGCCCCUGGCACCAUCCGUGGUGACUUUGCCAUCGACAUUGGCAGGAAUGUGAUUCAUGGUAGUGAUGCUGUUGAAAGUGCAAGGAAGGAGAUUGGACUAUGGUUUCCCGAGGGAACAGCUAAUUGGUCAAGCAGCCUUAACCCAUGGAUCUAUGAAUAAGCUUUGAGUUUUAAUUUUCAUGUUACAAACACGCCCUUCACUUGUGGACUAUGAGAGGGUGUAAUCUAUGGUAUUGUUUAUGGAUUUUGAUAUGGUGUGAGCAACUUUUUGGAAUGUGAAAUCAGUUUUAUAA